AUGUCAAAUGUGGACAAUGGAUUGGCUCUGUUACUGUUAGAGGUCCGUGAGACUCUAUCCGAUUUUCUACGUGGAGACGGAAGUCAACUUCCGCUGGAUGAUACCAAGACCCAAUUGGUGGCCCAAUUGAAACAACUUGCACAAUCAAAAAAGGACGCUACAUAUCUUUACAAUCUAUACAAGGAAGACCCAAGGAAAUUCCUAGAAGGUCUUCGAUUACUUGGAAAUCUGAAUGGUACGGUGCUAGUACAAAUUCUUGCCAAUUGUGACACUGAUACUGUGGGUAGUGAACCAAAAGUUAUAACUCAUGAUAUUGCGGUGAAUGCUUUACACUAUGCUCUGGAAGGUUCUAUUGAUUUCUACUUGAAAUUGUACAUUUCUAUAACAGGAACUUGUGGACUUGGUGAUGUUGAAGAUUGUGUUCAAUUUUGGCCACUUUUAAACGACUUUGUAUGCAACAACAGGGAUGUGCACUCCAUGAUUUUGGUUAUUACUCUAAAAUACAUUGAUCUGAACAAGAAACCAGUUCAUGCGCUAUUUUCCAAGUAUCUUCAAUCAGUUGAUACUUCAUUGGACAAUAAGAUUGUGGCCAUGACCAAUUUCUUCUCGAUAUUCCCAGACAUUGUCAUACCUCUUUACACUCUGGAAGCAACAAAAGACGCAAUAAUUGAACAAACUGUGGAAAUGAAACGUAAAGACGGCGAUAAGACCCACAUAAUGAUACAUUUACAGCAAAUGUUGAAGCUUUUGAAUGCUUCUCAGAUUUCAGAAGAGUGUCGGGUCUUUAACUUGACUUACUAUUUUGAUGUUCUACUUCAAGGCUGGAAAAUGGCCAACAAUGCUGUCAUAAAUGUCCAAUCUGCUGUUUGCUUAGCAAAAUUGUAUAAUUUGAUCCAAAGGGAUAAACUGAAACUGCAACAAAUCUCAUUGGCCAAUUUGAGUCUGACUCUUGUGUCCUAUAUCUGUGAACAAGAUUCUUAUUAUUUGAAUAUCGCCAUUGAAGGUUUGGCUUAUAUCACACUAAGUAAAACCCAUCGUCAGCAAAUUCGGGAUGAUGUUGAUCUCAUAGACAAAUUAGUAGAUAUCUUAAGAACUUCUGCUAGCACAGACCACUCACUAGGAUUUGGAGUGUUGACUAUUUUCACCCAUUUAAGUGACAUAAGAAUCGAGCACAAAGGUUCAAAGCAAGCGAUUAUUGACAGCUUGAAAAAUGUUGCUAGUCCAAGUGGUGUUAAGGAUGACCAAGAAAGUAAGGAGAAUAUUGAGGAAAUAUACUUGUUUAAUAAGGAUUUGACCUUGAACUAUAACAUUGUUUCAAUCAUUAAGCUGCUCAAUUUAUUCUCCAAUGCAGUGCUAUCCAAAACCUAUAGUCAAAGUACCAAAGACUUAACUGUUACCCUUCUUAAGCAAUUGGCAACGGCACGAGAGAAACCUGUCAAGGAAGCAAUAGCUAAAAAUGGGGGCUUGGAUUUGAUCAUGGAUUACUUGGUGUCAAGCAGUGAAUUUGAUAAGGAAAGUUUGCGUAUCAAGCCAAAGAGAAUUCCUGGAUUAGUAACUCAUUAUUUUGAUGGUUGUCGUGCUCUUUCAAAGCUUUUGAUAGCGGUUGAUCCAUCAACAGCGUUCAAACAAACAUAUGAAGCUCGUAAUGCCGUUCCAUUCAUUUCAGAGUUACUUUACGAUAAUAAUAACCAGCAAUGGACUCCAGACAAGGAGACGACUUCUGAACAAGAAUCUGUACAUAUAUAUCCACUUGAUAAGUUUGAAAGUCUUUUGGCAUUGACUAACCUUGCGACAAUUGAUACUGAAACCAGAACCUUGAUUAUCAAGAUGACAUUUGAACCUUAUGUGAACAACUUGUUGCUUUCUGAUAACUUACAAAUCAGAAAGGGGGCCAUAGAAUUAAUAUCCAAUUUAAUUGUUGAGCCACUUUUGCUUGCCAAAUUCUUCAAUAUUGAAGGUAGUAAAGCCAACUACGAAAGGUUGGAGCUUCUUAUUAGAUUCCUUGAUUCGGAAGAUGAGUCUACACAAAUAGCUGUUGCUGGACUCUUAGUUAAUGCCUGUGAAGUAUCUGAAAUGAUAUGUGGGGUCUUGUUAAGUGAUGAGAAGAUUCGGUCCAUGCUAUUUGAUAGUAUGGUUACCAUACUUGAAGGUCAAUCAGAUGAACAAGAAUUGAUUUUGAGAAUUGUGUAUUUAAUUCAAGAUGUGGUUUAUGUGGCAGUUGGUAAUCAUGAAACCAAAUCAUUUGUGACUUCUAAUUCAAGACUUCAAAGUGCACUCUCCAUCACGCUUCAAGUCAACAAGAAUAAUAAAGAAAUCGUAGGAUUGGUAAUCCUGGUGUUAAGAAUGUUAAGAUAA